AUGUCCCCUCUUCUGGCGGUAAGCGAACAGCGCCAAGUCAGCCAUGGGUCGAACGAAAUUACAUCUUUGUCGCCAUUCGCCAGGGAUAUUGACCUUGUCCCUGACGCAGCCUUGGCUCGUAUCGUCAAACAUAAUCAAUCACUGUCCGCCAAGGACGGUGGCUUCCGUGUUCCCAUCGUGAGUGGUUCUUCGUGCAUCAAAUACGAGGAUCUGCGCGUCCAGCCCCUAGAAAUGGUGACACGAGAAAUCGAGACUGCACCAAAGGCUCGUGGGGUUUGCCAUAAGAAAAGGGGCCGCCCAAUUGACUGA